GUAUCAUUCUGUAAACAUUGCUGGGCUAUGGAGGCUGUGCAUCGCGUGUUGAAUUUUAACAUUUUUGGACACAGAACAUGGCGUUGUGAAUCUAUCAGCAAUGGUGUUAAAUCUAUAGAAAACAAAAGCAACAAGUCAGUGUUGACAGAUAAUAAUUUUGUGAAUAAUUCAGAGCAAGGAUCAAAUGAUGGCUUAAAGUGUUUCACAGAGCUCUGCGGGGUCACAGGCUCCGCUGCGCUGUUAUGGCUUCCACCACCGGCAUCUCUGCUUCCGAAAAAUCAAAGGAUAAAAAAUUAUGACAAAAAUAUUCUCCUGAACAUCUACCCGUCAGGUAGCAAUGGACAGGAUAAAUUGGCUGGCCUCUGCCGAAGUGGUCAGAUGGGUCCGCAUCUCGUCAAUAUGAUCUCACCAACCUUUUCACUGCCAGAAUCAGCUGAUCAUGAUGGAAUUUCAGUGACUGUUUUUGACAUUGCCGUUUCUUCUAAAACUUUGAUGUCAUUGAAAACAAAGGAAGAAAUUGAGAAAUUUUAUGCUGAUUCUAUAAAUUAUCUUCAAUCUUAUAUUAUUAACCAGAAAACUGCUAUUCACAGCAACAAUAGUAUCUUCCAUCUUGUCUUCCGAGCAUAUGAUGGCUACGCUCCUGCUGUGGUUGAUUGCAAAAAUGACCUCAUUGGUUCUCCCAAGAAAUAUGGCAAGUGUAGGCAACAACAGAGAAAUGCAAAAGAAUCCUCUUCUAUUGACUUCGCAGAAUAUGAAUGCUCAACAGUAGCUUCUCCUAGCCCUAGCAACCAUCAAAAAUGGAUAGUAACUGGCUGUCAACACUAUCAAGCUGCAUACCUGAUGCCCACAAUCAAAACUUUGCAAGUGAACAUCCACAAAAAUCCUCAGUCACUUUUUUACCUUGCAGCAAAAGCUUGUCAGCAGGAGGUUGUUGGUUUAUGUGUUGAGUUGGAUGCUUGCAUCUUACCUUUCAUCCAUCUUCAGGUGAAAGAUGGUUGUCUUUUCAUAUCGCUUGACUUGAAAAUUCCUUCUCAUCUGCAACUUAAAUUGCCAAGUAACUUACCAUUGAUUGAUGAAAACCAAGUGUGCUUUUGGACAUUGAACAACAAAUUAUACUGCAUUGUAAAAGUUUCAUCUACUGAAAGUGUCUGUGAAAGCCCCAAGCCUAUUGGCAAAAAAAUACUUGAUCACUCUACAUCUGUGGACUCGGGCAUUGGAAGUGAUGAGUCAUCCUGCAGAAAUUUGCUUGCCUUGGACUCGACAGGAAUUGAAGACGUCUUUGAAAACUCUGACGCUGAUGUCAGCCUGGAUGGUUUCAGUGAUUGGUUCUACCAAAAGCUAUUAACAAACUCAAUUCUCCUGCAUUCAAGUCUAUUUGAUGCUCCAAACAGCCAAUCUUGUGCAAUUCUAGAUCAAAAACCCAUCUGUGAUACCAAUGCUCCUAUUGAUACCUCUAAGCUCAAUGACGGAGCUCUGUGUUGCCCCAAGUUUAUUGUUAGCCAAACAUUGGAUAAAAUUCAUAUUGCCAUUACAUGCAAUACCUCACACUCGGAUAACAUAAAAGUAGAAGCCGAGAGUGCAGAAGUUAUUCAAAUUACCUUGACCAACGUCAAAACUCUUACUAAGCACUGCAUCCAAAUAUCAUCUGUUGAGCCAAAUGCUCAUUUUUCUGUUACUUCUGAGCCUCCAAGAAAAUUUAUGUGUGGCCAAAAUGGUACAGCAAAGACAGAGGUCACUAAAAAUAUUGUCAUAUGUCCUGAAAAAGUUUUGGUUUCACUGCUAAAAAGCAUGUCAGGAACGUGGCCGGCUGUCUGGGUAGGCCUACAGGGCAGACUCAACAAGAUCUCACUGCUGCAUGGUGCCCAGUCUCCGCAAGCCCAAGAGAAUGUGGAGCCGGUGUGCAUGGUGCAGCCUGCCAGCGUUGAUGGUGGUUCAUCCAGCACAGGCGAUUGUCAGUCGACAAACUUCUCCGCUGUCGAAGAGCCGCCUCACGACCAAAACGACAAGAAUGAAGUCAUUGAUUCGCAUCAAAAUGACGAGUCAGAGCCAAAGGUCCAAGUGAACUUGAAUAAAAAGAAAAAGAUAGGGAAGCUCGUUGCCCCACCACAAGAUUCGAGUGAGGAUGCCGUCAGCAACGGAGGUGAUAGAGCAACUAUUGAUGAUGAGAAACUUGGUGAUUCAAAAAUCGAAGAGGCUGUGAAAUUUUCAGCUAGUCCCAUUAAGAAUAAGGAAAGGAGAGAAGGAAAACAGUUCUUUGACGUUUCGAUAGCUUCCAGCAACUCCAAACGAUGCCGGCGAAGUAGCGAGUGUUUGAUUGGUUCUACGUACGACACGAAAAAGUUUUCUGGCCGGGACGGUGAAACGUUUGCGACGCGGCCUAAGAGUAUCCUGAAGAGAAGAGGAAGGUCGUACAGUGAGAGCCACAUAGGGAGCCUUGAAGAAUGCCUUGGCGAAGAGCUUCUCGGGAAAUACGGAAGCGUUGAAGAGGCCCUUGUUGGAGAGUACGGGUGUCUGGAAAGCUUGCUUGAGGAGUGUGGCUGGGGAGAGGACGGCGACGACGGGGCAUUCUUCAAGUCGGACGAUCUCGAGUCCAGUGAGGGAAGCAAAAAAAGCGUUCGUUUUAGUGAGACAAGUCAGACGCAUUUGUUCAUGUCCAAAGCUUCUAUUCUCAACCAGCUAGCAAACGAUGACAAGAAAGCCAUGCGUCAGAAGAUGAAAGACCUCAAGAAGAAACAGCGAAGUGAGAAAAGAUCUGCUCACAAGAGCGGUAGUUCGCCAGGAAGCCCUCGUCGAAGUUUCGAUAGCUCCUACCGUAGCAACGGCGGCUACAGCUCUCAUGAUGAGGGUGUGACCACUGAGGAGAGCGAUGGCUGUGAACUGCUGUCCAGUAGUUGUGAGACCACCGAUAACACCACGACUGAGGAGGAUACAGACACCGAGAAAGAGCCUCCAGCGAAGACGACCAUCAUGGAGAAAAGCGUGUACCUCUCUUGCAUUAAAAAGAACCAGAACUUCGGCGCCGGCAGAAAACGUGGAAGGAAAUGCAACAAGAAGCGUGUUGAGCUCACUAACAACAUGAUUUUCCAGCUCGACAUGGAAGCUUAGAGUCGCAGCGUCACUCUUAUUUAGACCUAGAUAAGGGUUACAUUUUUCUAGUAUCUUUUCUUUUUUGUUUGUUCUCAUUAAGUUAAUCCCUCUCUAGACUUCAUUAGUAUUUAAUCAUGGGUUCUGUUGAUUGUUUUAAGAGUAUUAAACUAAGUUUAAGGAACAUAUGCUUUACCCCUAAAUGAAUCACGAUUUUACUUGAAAAAUUUAUGUAAUUUUCCUGCCUAUUAUUGCGAAAUUUUGGGCUUAAACAAAGAUUGAUACUGAAGCUAGUUCAUUUAGAAAUUUUGUUUAAUCAUUUCUGUUGAUGUUCCUCUUCAUCCAGAAAUCGUGUUUUACUGUAUUGAAUAUUUAAUAUUUCAGCGUUUUUGUGAUCUUUACUUUUUGUUGCACUAAUAAAAUUUCACGGAUCAUUGCGAUGCUUUUGAUUCGGUAUGAGCUUGCGAUGUGGCUAAUAGAGAAGCUUAUCAAUGUGAAUUUCUUAUAACCAACACUUUUAGUUUUUAUUUGCAAGGAACCAACGAAGUUUAACAUGCAUAAAAAAUGACGUCAGCUUUCAGUUAUGUUACGCUCCAAGACUUGCCGAAUUAUGUUUAUCUUUCUAACUUAUGUCUUCAUUUCGGAUUACGUAUAUCUAUCACUUGUACCAAACAAUUGAUUCUCAUCGUUCCAUAGUCCCAAGACGUUUAUUUCAUUUUGUUAUUAUUUGUGUUCGUUGGAUUCUUGCGUUUGAGUUCCUGGAACUUUUUUUGUCAAUUUUUUUUUAUCUUUAUAAGUGAAGAUGCUUUGCAUUUGGUGUAUCAUAGAUAACAGCAUCUUCAGCCAGUUUGAGGAGACGACAUGGGAGUAGCAGGAGUUCUUGGGGUUCAGUAGGUCGGUAGUGUAACGAGCGCUCUGUCAGAUUUUCCUCUAACAAUACAAUGUUAGAAAAAACGGUGAAAAAACGGUCCCACUGGCGUUCUAGUGGCCGGU